UAACACGCGUGUGUAUUCAAAAUAAUGUUUAGGAUUAAAUUACAGGUAGCAGACCGGAACGCAUAUUUAUUUAUUUACCUCCUGAAAAUGAACCUAGUUUUUGUAGAAGUAUCAUGGCAAGUUCAACAAAACUAUCUCUUAAACAGCGUUUGAUUGCACGAGAAGUUAAAGAUCUAAACUCACUAGAUUUAUGGCGUGCAUGCCUAGCUGAGUUUUUGGGCACCGGAUUGCUUGCGUUUCUAGCUGUUGCUGCAGGACUUUCGCCAGAAGGAAGCCCACCAGUCUCUAGCGUUCAUAUUGCUUUGGAAGCAGGCUUUUUCAUUGCAGCCAUAAUAACGACCUUGAACACUAUCAGUGGGGGUCACGUAAAUCCUGCAAUAAGCCUCGGGUUUCUACUUACGGGACACAUCGGAUUUAUUCGUUUUCUUCUUUACAUUGCCUCACAGACUGUGGGUGCCAUUGCCGGAUGUGGUUUGUUACUGGCCUUGACCCCCGAUAACCUUCAUCAGAGUGGUUUUGGGGUUAUUGCCCCAGGGUCAAAUGUCACGGCUGCACAGGCCUUUGGGGCAGAGGUUGUUAUCACAUUCGUUUUGGAUUUCACCACUUUUUCUUUCGUGGAUAACGGGAGACAUGAUCUGUCGGGAUCCAUUCCAUUAAUCAUUGGAAUUGUUGUAUCCUUAAAUAUAUUUGCGAUGUUCAAUAUAUCAGGGGGCUGCAUGAAUCCUGCCAGAAAUUUUGGUCCAAUGGUUGUAACAGGCAAUUACACAUACGCAUGGGUAUAUUGGCUUGGGCCUAUGCUUGGUGGUGGACUUGGGGCUGUGUUGUACGAUAAAGUAUUUUCCACACGGGUCUGCAAAACGAGGCUGAAAAGUUGUAGAGGAUCCGCCACACACGAGGAGGAGACGCUCUCUGUAAAGGAGGAAGAAAAUGGGAACAUCAAUAUAAAAUUGCUUGAUUCCGGACAAAAUUCUUAAAUUGCAAAUCUGAUAUUGCCAAUCCAAAUAUGUUUUAUCGUUCCAAAGGAAUGUACGAUAAUUCAGUUAGUGUAUAGACACUGUAAAAUAUACGUGUAUAUUGAAUUAUAUGUCCUCCUAGUACCUGUUGAUAAAGGGACUUUUAUUUAUGUAUAUAGUGUUAUAUAGUGUUCCUAGAAAUUAGUGAAAUUUUUUAAAAAUAUCUUAAAAAAAACAUUAUAAAAAUAUAAUAAUUUGAUAUCAAAUUUUUACCAAAGGACAAUACUUGCUUAAAAUUCUUUCUUAUGUGCAGUUUUCAUGAAUUAAUGACCAUUUACUUUGUAUACUUCCUGUCGAUUGCUAAUGUUUAAAAUGAGUGCUUUUGAAAACAAAGAGCCUAAGGUAGAUGUAUAUUAUCAGAGGAUUGCAAAACUAGUGAUACUUCCGAAACUCUGAGUAUUCCAUUGUCUACUUCACAUGGGUCAAAAAUUUGAAAAAAAGGAAUUGAGCAGAGAGAAAGAGUUGGUAGGGUUACGAAAGGGUUACGAAAAUAACCGUAUUUUUCUACAGCCAAUCUUGUUCUUUCUGAGCAGUGAGCAGAUAUCCAAGCCUUCUUUGGUCUGUAAGGCCUACCAACUCUUUUUCUGGACUGAAUUCUCUUCUUUUUCAAUAUUAUGUGCAAUACAAUACAAAGUAAACAGUGAAAUUCUGAGCGUAUCAGAAAUAUUACUUGGUUUUACAAUUCCUUGAUAAAAACAUAUCUUUAACAGGCUUUCUGCUCUCAAAAGUUCUCUAACUUUGAACAACGACAGACAACAGGAAAUAUAUUAAAUAGAUAGGAGGAUAUCGUUGAAAAUUGCAUUUAUCAUAAGAAAGUAGGGGUAUUAUUAUCAGAUAAAGAAGUAACAAUUAAUUAUUUUAUAUGUUAUAUAAAUCCAAUAUUUUAGAAAAAAUGUAUUGCCAAAAAUUCUGUGGGAUGACUGUUUUGUUACAAUCAACUUAUAAAU